UCCUCUCCUCAUCCUCAUUCAUCUCUGAUUCUCAUCAGCAACAUGAAGCUGCGCUGAGUUAACCAGAACCGCUAAAGAAGGCGCGAUGUUGGCGUGUCGCCCCCUACUGGUCACCUGGGCUCUGCUCACCUCCUCGGUCCGAAGCCAGAGCUGGAGGCCGUGCACAGACCUGCAACCUAUUGACCUCCUGUCCAAAGCCCUGCCACGCCCAGGACAAGCCACGCCCACUCAGGUGCAGAUGGUUCAGUCCAGAGGGUCCAGAGGUAUCAGGCUAACCGGCACCGUACCGACUGCUCUGAGUUUUACCGCCUCACAGAUAUUCACCAACUGUGACUAUUUUCCUUCUGAGUUCUCACUGGUUGCCACCAUGAAGAUACAGAGACUGAGGAAGAAGACGAAUCAGUACAUCUUCUCUGUGAUGAAGGAGGGAUCUGAGUCAUUGCUGCUGGGGCUGCGUGUCUCUGAGAACCGUCUUCACCUUCUGACAUCGCCCCCUGGUGGUGGAGGGCGGAGAAGGAUCAGUUUUAAAAAUGUCAGAUUGGACGACAACAGAUGGCACACUGUGGUUCUGGCUGUGACCGGUCCUUACGCCACAUUGACCGUUGACUGUGGACCACCUGUGGAAAUUAAGCAGGUCCGGACCUUCCCCAGUACUCUGAACACCAGAGGGUCCAUGUUCAUCAUUGGCAGCAGGGGCCACUGGAGGGGCCGCUUCUCUGGUCUACUUCGUCAGCUGGUUCUUCUUCCAGGCUCAGACGCGACGCCCAGACUUUGUCCCAACUCUGAACCCAGUCUGGCAGAGCUCUCUGUCCCGCAGGUCCUCAAGACCUCCCCGCUCCAACCGGACCAGAAGGGCUCAGUUUAUCCAUAUGAGGCCGAGGCCAGAGUGACUGCAGGCGAUCGUCCUCCAUGUUCAGGCCCAGAGAAAGGUCAGCUGUGGUUCAACGUUCGGAAGAAAGGUCUGUUCAUCUGUGACGGGAUGAUGUGGAGGACGCUCAUGCAGGAUAAAGAGCGUCUGGACUAUGUGGAGGACUACCAGGACCUCUACACCCGCUCAGAAACCUUGGAUGUGGAGCUCUUCUCCAUCCCGUCUGAAGGCCUGUUCAUGGCUGCAGCCAAUAGGGAUUCCCGACCCGGUUCUGGUAUUUACAAAUGGAUUAAUGGGUCAUUCCAGCUAUAUCAGAACGCCAGCACUCAGGAAGCUCAAGCCUGGAAAUAUUUCACCAUCGAUGACAAGGUUUUCCUGGUGGUGGCGGACAUGCAGAAGACAGAACCUGAGCUGUCGACCAUCUACCGGUGGAAUCGUCGGCAGAAACGUUUCCUUCGCUAUCAGACUCUGGAGACCCACUCUGCUCGGGACUGGGAGGCCUUUCAGAUCCACAACAACAGCUUCCUGGUGGUGGCCAAUCACAUGCGAGCCAAAGACUCCAACCAUAACAUCCACAGUGUGAUCUACAGGUGGAACCCUGACACAAAGCUGUUUGAGGUGAACCAGACUCUGUCCACGUCUGGAGCCUAUGACUGGGAGUUCUUCACCAUCGGCCCGUAUCAUUUCCUGGUGGUGGCGAACACCUUCAACGGUCAGAACACCACCAUCAGCUCCACCAUCUACGUCUGGUUGGACGGGUGUUUCCGGAGCUACCAGAACAUCACGACGGUUGGAGCGACGGAUUGGGAGACGUUCCAGAUCGACGGCAGGUUCUUCCUCGCUGUUGCCAACAGUCAGCGGUUCUCCAGGAAAUCCCAGAGUACCUACAACAUCAACUCCACCGUGUACGAGCUGAACAUGUUCACCCAGACCUUCCUCCGCUUCCAGGACAUCCCGACUCACAGCGCUCUUGACUGGGAGUUCUUCACCAUCGGAGACGAGAAGUUCCUGGUUGUGGCGAACUCUUAUGAUGGCAGUUCGUACUCCGUGAACAGCGUCGUCUACAGGUGGCAGGGCUACGAGGGCUUCGUCCCGGUCCACAGUCUGCCCACCUUUGGCUGCAGAGACUGGGAACACUUCACCACUGAGCAGGGCUCCUUCCUCAUCUACUCCAGCGCCACCUCCAGGCUCAGCAAGGUUUUCAGACUCAGAACGUACUGAGAGGUUCUGAUUGGAUCCGACUGAUGA